AUGACCAACGCCGCGCCGCCGCGAUGGAAGCGGCCGGCAGAGUUCCUCGUGUACCUGGUCCCCGUGGGCGGCAUCCCGUCAGACUUGUUCACAUCCUACGCGCGCCUGCUGCAGACCCACAGCGAGCUACCGCUGCGCAGCCUCACGCGUCCUGGGGGCUACGCAGCCGAGUUGUCUCCGUUCCGCGGUCUGGACUGGACUGGCAAGGGCUCACUACGCUUCCACUUCGUUUCAACUGCCGAGCACGUCGAAUCAUGCGACGGAGAAGAUGUACAUGUGAGUCGUCGCGUCAUCGGCGCAUUGGGCGUUUGCCACAGCCCAUCACUCACGCUCAGCGGAGGAUUACAAGCUGCUCACGCGCAGUUCGAGGCGUCAGUGCGACGAUUUCCGGCGCUUCUCAUGCACAAACUUUUCGCAUUCGAGCACACGUUUGAAGUCGCCACAUCCAGCGAGUGUGAGGGACUCAAUGACCUCGUCAUGUUCCCAGUCCACCACGAACUUGAAGGCACAGGAGAGUCCACCGUGACUCUCCAUUUACAGGUCGUUAUGGACACACUAGCUGUCAACAUCCUUAUGGCUUUGGAGAGCGCUAUUAGGUCAGCCACGUCCUCUGCUGCUGCGAGUGGGAUAAUAAAGGGGGGAGACCUCGCCAGUGUCUUAUUAGACGUCAACGUGGAGCCACAACAGACGCAAACCAUUCAACAUUCGGUGUCGUCCCCUCUAGUCCUUUCCCGAGAUACUACAACAUUCAGUUCAGCUUCCAGUCCGUCCUCUCGCUCGUCUAACUCGUCAUUUUCCUCCAUACCGCCGCCGUUGGCUGCUGGAGUUUCUGCAUUCGACCCGCGGAAUCGACGACGGAAACGGCACUUGGCACGUCGAGAAAAACUACUGGGAGACUACAGUGUACUCGCGAGUUGCAUCUCAGACGCGAUGGAUCAUUACAUUGUAGCAAUAGAAAUGUUACGAGAAGAAGAACGACGCAGUGGAGGCGCCUCGGGAGACGCUUUAUGGCUGGCAGCUGCACUAGAAGGAUACGUUUUUUGUCUAUACACAGACGUACAGAGCAGAUUCUCGGCUGAAUUAGUGGAAAAGGCGUCAGAAGCCGUCGCAUUCUACGCCAAAGCAGGCACAACAGAGCUGGAAAGCCUUCUAAUUGAGAAUCUCGGGUGGUAUUACGUCGAUGUGGCGACUUCGACAUUGACACGCACGUCAAUGACAGGAGAAGCAAAGUUGUCAGAAAGUGUAUGGAUCAAGCGAUUACUAUGGGACGUAUUAGAGAGAGGACUGAUGCUGUUUCCAGAGCUUCAGCCGCAACGCCAAGUCGAGUUUUUGAUCCAGACGAGUCGAAUGCUAGAGACUGUGGGUCAUCGUCGUCGUGUGGCUCUCUUUCUGCACGAAGCCGCGUCUCUGCUGCUAGCCAGGAAUGCACCCAAUGUAGACGCGCAGUUAAAGCUGUUGCUAUCACCUUCCAGUGUGACGAAAGGGCCUCAGCGACAAAGAGACUUGGAGGCUGCUCUCUUUCUGGAGCGUGCUGCGGCGGAACGGUUGGGUAUCCUAGACCGGAGAGACGAGUUGCCAUGGGAAGUCACAACUCAAUAUCGAAGGAACAGGAGGAAGGAAUCAUUCAACUCUACAACUACUCUGGAUAAUUCCUGGCUGAUCAUACGCUUCCAUGUACUACGACAGCUCCUGACCAUUGCAAGGAUGCUGGGAGACGCAUUACUCGUCGGGAAAUACUGCCUUGAGCUGCUAGAAAUGCUGGUGUGGUGUGAUUCCAUCGCAUCUGUGGACCCUUCUCAGUCCUCACCGCUGCUAGUGGACCAUCUCCAACACCCUGCUACUUCUCUUCGUGUGGCUCAUCCUCCCAUCGAAAGGACAGCAGCAGGUCUUCAUGCAAGGAGUAGCGUGUAUUCCUCUCCCCCGCCAGGUAUUGACACGAGAGUGAGACGCAACUUUAUCAAUUCUCCAUCAACCACCAUGUCCAAUGCAGCGGCUUCUUUACAGUUAACGCUGACCAACACACCUCGAAUCCUAGCGACGCCAAGACAGCAAUUUUCCGCUGCGGUGAAUGCGAUUUCUACUAAGGCAUCGCCAGCGUUUACUCCGUUUUCUCAUGCACAUCACCAGCUCAAUGGAGCCCUGACAAGCCGCGCAAGCGGCACAGAAGAUCGUACACAACAUGAUGGAAAGGAGUUUGGCGUUAACGGAGACGGUGGGUCCAAGAGUUCUCGAGUUCUGGGUAGGAACGAAGGGGAGACUGAUGCUGCUGGAGCAGUCACAGCAGCUGGCUUAGUGUGGAAUUUACGAUCAAGGGCAGAGAUUGCCAUGGUUGAACGAAAUCUGCUGAAAAUUCUGGAGGCGGUCUGCACAGCGCUGCGUCCAAGUGAGCAAACAAAGCUGCCUACCUUCCUCCACGUGGAUAAACUAAAGUUGCGCUCAAGUUGCAACUCGCAGCAUCCUUUUUUCCCCAGAGAGACUGCUCUCGAGAUGUUUGGAGUGCAGUCAGCGUCUGGUCAACUAUCGGUCAAAUCCGAUUUCUUCUAUUCUCCAUUCGAGAAGAAGAAGAUGAAGCGGAAGACUGGAGAUAGUGGAGAAGAGGACGACAGUGAGGACGCGCCCGCGAUGUACGAAAGGGGAUUUCCAGUUCACGAGCGAAUUGAGCUUCAAUUGACCUUAUCCAACCCAACGGGGGUCGCUGUUAAGCUUCAGGAAGUGAAAGCGUGGGUCACAUUCGCUGAGAAUGACCACAGCACCAGCACAGCUACAAAAGAUGGAUAUAUCGAGUGCUAUCCAUGCUUUUUCACGUUAGAACCAUAUCAGAAACGCAAGACGGUGGUGCUGGGGCUUCAACCGCUGAAAGUGGGGACAUUCCAUGUUCGCGGCUGCUUCAUCAAGGCCCUCAACAUCCAGACUUCCUUCUACCUACGAGACCCUGUCAAUGUCCGCGUUGUAGAUGGUAGCAGUGUCAACGGUAGAGCUGGUGCGUCUCCAAUCGGAAAAAUCGAGACGAAAGCUCUUGCACUGAGAUGUGGCAAAGUGGUGUCGUCCCCACUCCCGCUAACAAGCGGCGACUUUGUGAGUAUUCCUUUCGACGUAUCCCUUUACGGACAACAGGAGGCGAUGGAUGAGGAUAUCCAGAUUGAGUGGAGUUUUGUAUAUGCUGAUGAGACUGGCACCUCGGUGGAUGCUGUCUUUUAUCGAGAGGCUAAGCUGACAUUGCAGCUGCUGCCACUACCGUCGCUCAUGCUUCAGGCGGUGGCGGUACUACCGUGCAGCUCGGAACAUUUUCCGAAAUGCCGAAUAGAGGGAGGCAACGCAGAGGCGGUGACAACGGACCAUUUGUAUUGUGCCGUCCUGGUCCAGGUCGUUAAUCCGACUGAAACAACCUUCCGAUUCCGACUGCGCCGUGACCUUGACGACAGCGGAGAUGCCAUCUGUGAGGCGGAGAUUGGUCGCCAAUGCUCGCGCCGGUUUGUGGUCGAAGCUCCGCGCUUGCAGGCGUUUCCCUGCUUGGUCGAUGUGCUGAAUGAUCUGCUAGAGAUGGAGUGGGAAACGUAUUUCGGAACACGGGGACGUCUGCUCUGUGAGGGCGUCCAUGUCGGAUCGAGUGCUGAGCAGGAGCAGAUGACACUUGAGCUUUUGAUACCGCCAAUCAGCUUCAAGGUUCAAUCUCCACUCGAGGAGGUCGCGUCAGCUGUGGCACGUGAAGAGCAGAAUGGAGGUGUGAGCAAGCCCAAGCACGGAAGAUAUCGGAGCUUGUCACUUCAUCCGUUGAGUUUCUUCCAAAUGACCCAUUUAACUGUCGGACAUCGGGUGUUGGAGACCAAACUGUUCCAAUAUGUUCCCAUUACUGUCACAAUCCAGCGAGCAGAAAUCACCGGAGAGCAGUCAGUAUCAGGUGUGGAGGUUGAGGUGCGAGUUACAGAGGAAGACGAUGGCUUUGAGAACAGUGACCAAGUGAUGGUUGUGGGACUAUUGAAGACCCACGUCCGAUGGGAUGACCCGACGGAUCGAAGUGCUAAGUUCCACGAGGUUCAGUGUGUGUUUCUGUCGGAGGGAAACUUUUGCGUCGCUGUGUGUGGUCGAGUACUUGACCAGGAUGUGAAGCCAAUAGGCGGAGCGGUUUGGGCUCACCAGCCAAUGCAUGUCCGCGUCCGAUCGGACGACGCGGAGAAGACCACGAGUACUAUUUAUUAA